CCAUUAGUACUCACUACUCUCCGACAAGGGAGGGAACAGUCACAUGCAUUGAGUGAAGUAGUUGAACAGCCACCCUAGUGAGUAUUGUAGUAGGGAAGUACUCGUUAGCGCACAUUGUCGUCAGCGGUCGGCGCACCAACUCCGCGAGCAUCCACUAGUCUCUGUUGCGUACGAGAUCUGGAAGACCGAGGAGGAGAGUUGAUUCCGCUACAGUCAUCCAUGGCUCUGUGCAACGGAGAAACCAAGCUGGACAUCAGCAGUGUUGAGCCUCAGAAUGGUUCAUGUGAGGGGGCGGUGGUCAUCCUGGAUGCCGGGGCGCAGUACGGCAAGGUGAUUGACAGGCGGAUCAGAGAGCUGUUUGUCCGCUCAGAGAUCCUCCCACUAGAGACGCCAGCCUUCGCCAUCAGAGAACAAGGCUUCAGAGCCAUCAUAAUCUCUGGCGGUCCUAACUCUGUGUACGCUGAGGAUGCCCCCUGGUUUGAUCCUGCCAUAUUCACCAUUGGAAAGCCUGUCCUGGGUAUCUGCUAUGGAAUGCAGAUGAUGAAUAAGGUUUUUGGGGGGACAGUACACAGGAAGAGUGUGAGAGAGGAUGGAGUGUUCAACAUCGGAUUGGACAACACCUGCUCUCUCUUCAGGGGCCUGCAGAAAGAGGAGCCGGUGCUGUUGACUCAUGGGGACAGUGUGGACAAGGUGGCCGAUGGCUUCAAGGUGGUGGCCCAGUCAGGGAGCAUCAUUGCAGGUAUUGCCAACGAGCAGAAGAAACUGUACGGGACCCAGUUUCACCCGGAAGUGGACCUGACAGAGCGGGGCACAGAGAUAUUACGUAACUUCCUGUUUGAAAUCGCCGGCUGCACUUCCAACUUCACCGUCCAGAACCGCCAGCAGUCCUGCAUCACAGAGAUCCAGGAGAAAGUUGGCAAGUCCAAAGUACUGGUUCUGCUGAGUGGAGGGGUGGACUCCACCGUGUGCACGGCCCUGCUGAACAAAGCUCUGAACAAGGAGCAGGUGAUCGCGGUGCACAUCGACAAUGGCUUCAUGAGGAAACGAGAGAGUCAGAGCGUUGAGGAGGCCCUCACCAAACUGGGCAUCAACCUCAAAGUGGUGAACGCAGCACACACUUUCUAUAACGGUACGACAACCCUGCCCAUCUCCGACGAAGACCGGACGCCACGGAAACGCAUCAGCAAGACCCUCAACAUGACCACCAACCCUGAGGAGAAGAGGAAGAUCAUCGGAGACACCUUCGUCAAGGUGGCCAAUGAGGUGAUAGGGGAGAUGAACCUGAAGCCGGAGGAGGUGUUCCUAGCCCAGGGCACCCUGAGGCCAGAUCUCAUAGAGAGUGCUUCUCACCUCGCCAGCGGCAAGGCAGAGGUCAUCAAAACACACCACAACGACACAGAGCUCAUCCGCAAGCUCAGAGACGAGGGAAAAGUCAUUGAGCCGCUGAAGGACUUCCAUAAGGAUGAGGUUCGGGCACUGGGCAGAGAACUGGGACUGCCAGAGGACAUUGUCUGUCGACACCCUUUCCCUGGUCCUGGCCUGGCCAUCAGAGUGAUCUGUGCAGACGAGCCCUACAUCUGUAAGGACUUUGCUGAGACCAACAACAUCCUCAAGAUCAUCACAGACUUCUCCGCCAUGGUCAAAAAGCCCCACACGUUGCUGCAGAGAGUGAAGUCGUGUAUAUCAGACGAGGAGGAGGAGAAACUCCUGCAGAUCACAAGUCUACAUUCACUCAAUGCCUUCCUGCUGCCAAUCAAGACCGUGGGAGUCCAGGGUGACUGUCGGUCCUAUAGCUAUGUGUGUGGGGUCACUAGUAAAGAGGCUCCACACUGGGAAUCCCUCAUGUUCCUGGCCAGACUCAUCCCUCGCAUGUGCCACACCAUCAACAGAGUUGUGUAUGUAUUUGGGUCCCACGUGAAGGAGCCCCCUACAGACGUCACCCCCACCUUCCUGACCACGGGCGUUCUUAGCACACUCAGACAGGCGGACUUCGUGGCCCACUCCAUCCUCAGAGAGUCUGGUUACUCUGGGAAGAUCAGUCAGAUGCCGGUCAUCCUGACCCCGCUGCACUUCGACCGCGAUUCCUCACAGAGGCAGCCGUCCUGUCGGCGCUCUGUGGUCGUCAGAACUUUCAUCACCAGCGACUUCAUGACCGGGAUACCUGCCACGCCAGGAAAACACAUCCCUGAGGAGGUGGUGCUGAAGAUGGUGAAUGAGAUCAAGAAGAUCCCUGGCAUCUCCCGGGUGAUGUUCGACCUGACCUCCAAACCUCCCGGUACCACAGAGUGGGAGUAGAGCUCAUGGAGAGAGAGAAGGGAGGUGUGGUGAGCUCCUCCUCCUCCUUUCUUUCCCUCUCCUAACACCCCCCCCCCCCCCUCCCAAUCUCACCCCUCCUCUCCUUUCUUUCCCUCUCCUAACACCUACACACUCCCCUGGCCUGCCCCCCCAACCCCACCCCUCCUUUCUUUCCCUUUCCUAACACCCCCCCUCCUCCCAAUCUCACCCCUCCUUUCUUUCCCUCUCCUAACACCUCCACACUCCCCUGGCCUGCCCCCCCAACCUCACCCCCCCCCGUAGAACAUUCCCGUGGAAAGCAGGCAGUACUGUGAUCAGCGCACACUUGAAGCUGCCACUCUGCCCCCUCCCCUCCCCCUUCAUUUUUUGGGGAGAGGUGGUUGAAUAGAUAUGAUGACUAUUCACCCCUCUUUUUGGAUCCGUUUCUUCGUGCGUGACAAUACAUUUUUCAUUUUUUUUUGGUGUAAGUGCCGCUUCCUGUUUGGAAACCGCCAGUUGAGGUCAAGAGUUAAGGAGUUCAGGAAGUGGAUUGUGUACACGGUAUGCCUCAGAUUACAGCGUGAGACCAACAACUGAAGAAAGCAAAAACGACAUACUUGUAUGACAUAACGGAGAAGGAAGAGCAGCAACUAGCCAGUGGUUUAAAAAGUCAUCCAUCAUUUUUUGUUUGUUUGUUUUUGUUGCCUUUUUUGUUACACUCCUGAUGUUUGUUUUUGUCCCAAAAGGAUUUUUACUCAUCCAUUUACCUUUCAACUGUAUACUGUACAAAGAGACAGGGGUUGCCUGCCCAAAGUCAUUCAGCAGAGAAACUGUGACCAAUUAGUAUAUAUAUUUUUUUUACUUUACUUUUCAUUUUGCCAAAUGUAGACGAGCCGUGGUGAAAUUAGAUCUGGGUUAUUAUCUCUUGUUAACGAUCCACUUAAAUCAAAAUGGUGAUGGUUAAGCUACCCGACCGGCGGUCAACAGAAAAUAUUAGUUUAUUAUCACAGAUAUGUGACAGACACUGUGUGGGAAAUCCCCAAAAUGACGAGUUGUCCUUUUUUUUUGUGUGCCUGUUUCUUUGUGUGCCUGUUUCUUUGGGUGCCUGUUUCUUUGGGUGCCUGUUUCUUUGGGUGCCUGUUUCUUUGGGUGCCUGUUUCUUUGGGUGCCUGUUUCUUUGGGUGCCUGUUUCUUUGGGUGCCUGUUUCUUUGGGUGCCUGUUUCUUCGGGUGCCUGUUCUUUGGGUGCCUGUUUCUUUGGGUGCCUGUUUCUUUGGGUGCCUGUUUCUUUGGGUGCCUGUUUCUUUGGGUGCCUGUUUCUUUGGGUGCCUGUUUCUUUGGGUGCCUGUUUCUUUGGGUGCCUGUUUCUUUGGGUGCCUGUUUCUUUGGGUGCCUGUUUCUUUGGGUGCCUGUUUUCUUCGGGUGCCUGUUUCUUUGGGUGCCUGUUUCUUUGGGUGCCUGUUUCUUUGGGUGCCUGUUUCUUUGGGUGCCUGUUUCUUUGGGUGCCUGUUUCUUUGGGUGCCUGUUUCUUUGGGUGCCUGUUUCUUUGGGUGCCUGUUUCUUUGGGUGCCUGUUUCUUUGGGUGCCUGUUUCUUUGGGUGCCUGUUUCUUUGGGUGCCUGUUUCUUUGGGUGCCUGUUUCUUUGGGUGCCUGUUUCUUCGGGUGCCUGUUUCUUCGGGUGCCUGUUUCUUUGUUCCUCCUUUGUUUUUGUUAUGUUUUUCAGAGAAACAAGAGGACUGACAAUGAAUUGAGAUGUUCGUAUUGUCUAAUUGAUGUGUGAAUGUCAUCUUUGUUGUUAUCACCUCCUACAGGUGUGUAGGAGCAACGUUUGCACAUUUAUCUUUUUACCCAUAAAGCCAUGGUGCUUUCCUGACGCGAAGGGAAUGUACUUCCUGUUGACGGAUUUUUAAAACCCCCAAUCACGGAGCAUCCCCCCCCUUUUUUUUAUAGUGUCAAAGGUCAAAUUGAAGACCGGCAGCGGUCGUCUUGAACGUUUUAACUACCAGAGGAGUCCCCAAAUAGGCAUUCCCAGUAACCUGGUUCUGCGAAUGCUUUCAACAUUCAUUUAAUGAGAUGGUCCUCAGCUAGUCCAAGGACUCAGCGUUUUACUGGGCCUGAAACGAGUCGUCUUAAGGACCCCUGUCUGCCCCAUGUCCAGCCUGUAGGUCAUGUUUUACUGUGUGAUAAUACUGAUUUUACAUGCCUCUGUGUUUGACUUUGUACCCCUCACCUUAGAUAUUAUUUAGUUAUAACAGCAAAAUACACAAUGCAAAAUGAAUCUGUUCCUGAAACUGUCUUAUUUGCAACUUGUUCUUAAUGUCUCUCCUUCUGUGUUGUCUUUUUCUUGUGGUAUUUUAUGAUACACAUGUUUACUUGUGGUAUUAUAUGAUAUACAUGUUUACUUGUGGUAUUAUAUGAUAUACAUGUUUACUUGUGGUAUUUUAUGAUACACAUGUUUACUUGGAAAACAAAAAAAACGGCUUUAAAAUUUAUGGGUUUCAUUUUAUAGUUGGAUUUUACUGCAAUAUUGAAGUUAUGCAAUUCUGUCAGAUAAUUUUGUUUUUAAAAUGAUCGAUGCUCAUUUUUCCUCAGUAACGUGCCUCACAAUAAGCCGUCGCAUGCAGUUUCACGAUGACAUUUGUAUAAUGAGAAACCAAGCUUUAAUAAAUAAGUCCAUGUUGAAUCUG